AUGAAACGGAGCAUAGAUCCAGAUGCUUCGAAAUAUUAUAAGAUCUUUGCAUCUAGUAGAAAUAAAACAGAUCAACAUGUAUCUACCGGAUGUCUUCAAUUAUCUGGUUCAGUUAUUCGUGAUCAUGCAAUGCUUUCACAUGAAGGUUUACCACCUGAACGUGAAAUACUUGAAUAUGCUUGGCAAAUUGAAAUUAUCCUUGAUGAAUAUACUCUUGCUUGUUCACCAUAUAUUGAUAAAGCAAAAUGGAUUGAAAAACUUAAAUAUGAUUUACUUAGAUUUAGUUUAGAUUCAAUUGAUUUUAAUCUCAUUGAAGUUGGAAAUGCUGUUAAUAUUCAAAUAGCACCUAUUCGUUUAUGUAUGUGUAAUAUUCAUACAUCAUUGUGGAAUGAGAGCUUAACUUUAAAAGUUAGUACAAUACAAAUUCGCCAGUUAUUACGUCUUUAUCCUGGUUCAUGGUUAGAAGCUGGUUCAAUAAGUGUUCCUGAAUUACAUAUUAAUGCAAAAUUUGAAUGUCAUCUAGCAACACCUACUACUAUUAAUAAACAAUUAGAGUUUCUUCGUCGGCAUGAUCAACAUUCGCAACGACUUCAUUUUCUUCAUAAUUCUAAAUCUCAACAAACAUUAAAUAUUUCAACAAUAUCAACAAAUUUAAAACGUCCAUCUUAUGUUGGUUUUGCAACAAACUAUUAUACACUUGUACAAGGUGAGCAAUUUUUUAAAAGUACAUUUCGUCUUAGUGAACAAUCAUCAUUUGGUCAUUCAUUAUCUUAUCCAGAGUUACAUGUUUUACAUUCACAUCUUAUAUUUGAACAUAUUAAUCGAUUUCAUGAUGAAUUAGAUGAUGAAGAAAUUUUUGUACCAACACAUUUAUAUUCAUUGUCACGUGCUACUUCAUUAAGAAAUUUAAAACAUAAAUCAGUUAUUGAACGAAAUAAACAUAAACGUUCAUCAUCAUCAAUACCAUUAAAUAAUAUAAAUAUUGUUUCAUCAUUAUCACCUCAAACACUAGGAAGUGAUGAUUAUUUAACACCUAAUGAACAUUUAUCAUUAACAAGUGCAAGUCACACAAGUUUAAAUUCAACUUUAAAUAAUACAAAUAAUAUUAUGGAAAUAUCAUUAACUAUGAUGCAACGACAAUCAUCAACUUUAUCAUCACCAAUGCAUUCAGAUUUAAAUAUAUUUUUAACAUCAAUUGGUAAUAAACAAAAUCUAUCAACAAACUAA